AUGCCCAGUGGCCUCCCAGUGACGGUGUCACAUGGCCUGGUGGAGUUGCUGGCAGAAAGACGGUGUUUGCAUGUUCUUAAUCGGGCUCCUAAGUACCGAGUCAGGCAUUCCUUUAAGUACAGAGCCUUAGUGUCCAUAGCCACGCUCUAUCGAGGAAACUGGCAGGCCAGACACCAACUGUCAUUCCUAAGAGGAGUAAGUGUUGCUGAGAUGGGCAGCGGUACGGAUAUCCACACCCCUUUUCAAACGCGUACAUGCAUCUUUACAGCAGACGAUAUGGGUUUUCGGAGCAUAAAUGCAUUGCAUAUCAAGCAAUUCGAAAAUCUGAGUUUUCAAGCAGCUUCUCAAAUAAUGUCCACUCCAGUUUAUGAUGCUAUUAAAUUAAUGAAAGACAUUUCACAGAACUUCCCCAUAAAAGCCAGAUCUCUGGCCAGAAUUGCUGUAAAUCAAAAUAUGAGGGAAGAAAUACAGGAAAAUCAAAAGGAUCUUCAAGAUAGAUUUGAAAUUCAGCCGGGUGAUGCACGUCUGUUUAUAAAUGGCCUACUUGUUGAUAUGGAUGUUUAUGAUCCUUUCAGUAUUUUGGAUAUGCUGAAAUUAGAAGGAAAAAUGAUGAAUGGCCUUCACAGUCUUGGGAUCAAUGGAGAAGAGAUGAGCAAAUUUUUAAAAUUAAAUUCCAACAUUCAGGACUAUACCUAUGUAUUAGAUAUUCAGCAUUCUGCAAUAAUGUGGAUCAAUGAUUUAGAAAAUGAUGAUUUGUAUGUCACAUGGCCUACAAGUUACCAAGAACUUCUGAAGCCAACAUUCCCUGGAAAUAUACCUUCCAUAAGGCGUAAUUUGCAUAAUUUGGUUCUGUUUAUUGAUCCUGCUCAAGAAUAUACCUUGGCUUUUAUACAGCUUGCUGAACUUUUCUAUUAUCAUGCAAUUCCUCUUAGAAUUGGUUUUGUGUUCAUUCUUAAUACAGACGAUGAAGUUGAUGGAACAAAUGAUGCUGGAGUUGCCCUUUGGCGAGCUUUCAACUAUAUUGCAGAAGAACGCGAUGUGUCUGAAGCAUUUGUUUCCAUAGUACAUAUGUACAAACUAGUGGAUGAUCAAAAUAUACUCACUGUGGACAACGUGAAGGCUGUACUCCAAAAUGAAUUUCCUCAUGCUAACAUUUUGGAUGUUUUGGGAAUUCAUUCUAAAUAUGAUGCAGAAAGAAAGGCUGGAGCAAGCUUUUAUGAGAUGACUGGCCUGGAUCUUUUGCCACAAGCUCUUUAUAAUGGUGAACCCUUUAGCCUUGAAGAGAUGACUACCGAAGAACUACAAAUGGCUAUUCUUCAGAAGAUGUUGGAUGCAUCUAUACAUUGGCAAAAAGAAGUGUUCAUGGGCACAUUAAAUGAUCGAGUGAAUGCAAUUGAUUUUUUAAUGGAUAAGAAUAAUGUUGUACCCCGUAUAAAUUCUUUGCUUUUGAGCACUGAACAGGAGUAUCUUAAUUUAAUUUCUACAUCAGUAACUGCUGAUGUUGAAGAUUUCUCUACUUUCUUUUUCUUGGAUUCACAAGAUAAGAGCGCUGUAAUUGCAAACAGCAUGUAUUAUCUAACCCAAGAAGAUGAUGUAAUUUCUGCAGUCACUCUCUGGAUUAUUGCUGAUUUUGAUAAGCCGUCUGGAAGAGAAUUGCUUUAUAAAGCACUAAAGCACAUGAAAACAAGUGUUCAUAGUCGAUUGGGUGUUAUUUAUAAUCCUACGUCAAAAAUAAACGAGGAGAACACAGCUAUUUCAAGAGGAAUUUUGACAGCUUUUCUUACACAGAAAAACAGAUUGUUGAGAAGCUUUCUCAUGAAAUUGGCAAAGGAAGAAACUGCUAACGCUAUUUACUCUGGAGAGAAAAUUAAAACAUUCCUUACUGAGGAAAUGGAUAAGAAUGCUUUUGAGAAAAAAUAUAAUACCAUCAGAAUGAAUAUUUUCAGAACGCACCAGUUGUUUUGUCAAAAUGUACUCGGAUUGCUUCCAGGGGAAAUAGGUAUUGUCAGCAAUGGGAAAUUCUUCGGACCAAUAGAUGAAGAUUUCUAUGUAGAAGAUUUUUACGUGUUGGAAAAGAUAACAUUUACUAAUUUAGUACAGAAUAUUAAAGGCAUUGUUGAAAAUAUGGAAAUCAACUCAAAGAACAUGAGCGACCUCAUCAUGAAAGUUGAUGCCCUACUUUCCUCUUUGCCUACCCGUGUAUUUCGGCAUGAUGUCACAUUUCUUAAAGAGAAUCACAGCAUUAUAAAGAUAAAUCCUCUAGAGAAUGGUACGUUCUUUGAUGUCAUUGCUAUUGUCGAUCCAUUGACAAGAGGAGCACAGAAGAUGGCCCAGUUAUUGGUGGUACUUGGCAAGGUUAUCAACAUGAAGAUAAGGUUGUUCAUGAACUCUAGGGGUAAGCUUUCAGAAGCCCCUUUACAGAGCUUUUACCGUUUUGUUCUGGAACCAGAACUGAUGUCAGGGGUCAAUAAUGUUCCGUCUCUUGGACCAAUGGCAAAGUUCCUGGAUAUCCCUGAAUCACCUCUUCUGACCCUCAACAUGAUUACUCCAGAAGGCUGGUUGGUUGAAAUCGUACACAGCAACUGUGACCUUGAUAAUAUUCAUCUAAAGGAUAUGGAGAGGACAGUUACCACAGAAUACGAACUAGAAUAUCUACUACUCAAAGGACAUUGCUUCGAUACGCUGACAGAACAGCCUCCUCGGGGUCUGCAGUUUACACUGGACAAAAAUAAACCUGUCAUGGUUGAUACAAUAGUGAUGGCUAAUCUCGGAUAUUUUCAAUUAAAAGCCAACCCAGGUGCUUGGAUUCUGAAAUUACGCCAAGGAAAAUCUGAGGAUAUUUAUCAAAUAGUUGGGCAUAAAGGAACUGACUCUGAACCAGAAUUAGAAGAUGUCAUUGUUGUAUUAAACAGCUUCAAAAGCAAGAUCCUUGAAGUGCAAGUACAAAAGAAACCAGAUAGAAUUAAGGAAGAUAUCCUUACUGAAAAAGAUGAAAAAAGAAAAGGAAUGUGGGAUUCCAUUAGGAGUUUCACAAUAAGGUUGCAUAAAGAAAACAAAGACGAAAAAGACGUCCUGAACAUUUUUUCAGUUGCUUCUGGCCAUCUGUAUGAACGCUUUUUAAGAAUUAUGAUGCUUUCUGUUUUAUGUAACACAAAAACACCAGUGAAAUUCUGGUUUCUAAAAAACUCUCUCUCACCAACAUUUAAAGAAGUAAUUCCUCACAUGGCUAAGGAAUAUGGAUUUCAAUAUGAACUAGUCCAAUAUAGGUGGCCCCGUUGGCUUCAUCAGCAGACUGAAAAGCAAAGGAUUAUUUGGGGUUACAAAAUUCUUUUCCUUGAUGUCCUUUUUCCACUAGCAGUGGACAAAAUCAUUUUUGUUGAUGCUGACCAGAUUGUGAGACAUGACUUAAAAGAACUUUGAGCUUUUGACCUGGAAGGAGCUCCCUAUGGGUAUACUCCGUUUUGUGAUAGCCGCACUGAAAUGGAUGGGUAUCAUUUCUGGAAAACAGGAUACUGGGCAUCACAUCUUUUAAGAAGGAAAUAUCAUAUAAGUGCCUUAUACGUAGUGGAUCUCAAGAAGUUCAGGAGAAUUGCAGCAGGUGACAGGCUCAGGGGCCAGUACCAGGCUCUCAGUAAAGAUCCAAACAGUCUUUCAAACCUAGAUCAGGAUCUUCCGAAUGAUAUGAUUUACCAAGUUGCCAUUAAGUCUCUUCCUCAAGACUGGUUAUGGUGUGAAACUUGGUGUGAUGAUGAGUCCGAACAUAGAGCCAAAACAAUUGACCUGAAAUGGAAUGGUACACAUUCUAUAUUGCUUUGUGUGCUGCUUGGCCUGGUAGACAUCCACUGGCUGUGUACAGAGUUGUGUCAGAGCCUCAAGAUGGCCCUCAGGUUUGGUGAUGCAUUAGAAAGAUUCACAGGGUGCAGAACACAGUUGUAUUUAUGGCUCUCAGUUAGUACAGUGAAAGAAUGCAAAGCCAACUCAUCAAAGGAAGAGAGCAAGCGGGCUGCCUUAAGUCGCUUGGUGCAGUUUAUGCUCUCCCUUAUCAUUUCUGUCUCAGUAAAUGGCAACUUCAUCCUUUCAGUUGCUGAAGCCAAUGAACUGGGCUUUUCCAUUCUCACAGCUCGCAUCCGCCCGUCCGCAGAUCCUGUCAGCGUUGCCUUCAGCUGGUUUAUUUAUGUGUAUAAACAGAAGGAGGAGGCCCAGCCUCGAUGGCACAGUCUGUAG